AGGUAAGUUGCCUCGCACCCCGCAUGAUCGCCGCUCGCGAGAGUGUAGGUACAUAAUCAUUGUGAAUCCUGGAAUUGUAGACAUGAACUACAUCCCCUACCUAUCGUGUUCACUUUCCCCCUGAUCCAUCAGCAUCGUGCAGUGUACCUAUUUAUUAUCACAGACCUACAAUACAACCCCAUAUGGCGAGCCCCGAUCCUGUAAAACAGUUGGACGACCUACUCUCCUCAUCAUCCUUUGUCUUCUUACUCUACUACCGCGGCAACUGGUGCCCCUUUUGCAUAGCCCACAUCAAGGAACUUGUCGCCCUCGCCGGCGAAAUCAAGGCCGCCGGCGGGACUCCCGUAAUCGUCACGGCAGAGGUGCCCGAGCACCUCGAAAAGGCACGGGCGUGGACGGGAUUCACGGACGCCGCUAUCGUCGACCCGGAGAACAUCCUCGCGAAGGAACUGAAGGACCGAGACCUCCUUGAUGUUGCGAUCAGCUCGAGGUGGGGAUACCAGCAUGGGAUGGCGCAGCCUGCGUUGCUGGUGGUAAAGGGAGAUGGGACGGUGUUGCAGCGAUGGGCGAUUGUUCCCGGCUUGAUGAACAUCGGGGGAGCGACUGACAGGCCGGUGCUGAGCGAGGUGUGGGAGAAUGUACAGGCUCAACUCAGAGGAGAGAAGGCCAAGGUGGAUAAUUAUUCUACCACUGGCGCCUUGGAUCUUAUUCGGAAGAAGAUCGUUGGGUAGCUACGGAUAUUACUUGUUUUUUGUGUGAAUAUGUACAGAUAGAUACUGUUAGUCUGAAAGUCUCUCUACUCAAC